AUGCUUCGAAUGGCAAUCAUGCCUCAACUCGAGCAGCAGUUCGAGAGCAUGAGUCUGACAGGGAAGCUCGCCGUCGACGGCAGCCCGCUCGUCAUGGACUCGCCUGUGCAUAUACCCAGGCCGAACCCCAUGCCUGGCAACAAGGUCGAUCCAAAAGCAUUCCAGGACAUACAAAAGGGUCUCAAGGCUUCAGGGCUGCAAGCUGAGUUUCCUCUGCGUCAGGGCCUCGCCAAUCCCACUACCACAGUCUACACCAAUCACUUCGCCAUCAAGCUCGACCCUGUGACACCACUGUAUGAGUACAUCAUCACAGGUCUGCCAUCAAGGGUGGGCAAUCGCACUACCAGGAAACUGAUCUCUGAGGCGAUCGACGACAUCGACUGCAUGAAAAACAACAGGGACAAGUUUGUGAUCGACUACAAGCUCAUGAGGCUCGUUUCCUGGGUUGACAUAGAUAUUCCCUCAAUGUACGGCUCGGCGCGUACAUCGGAGUGGAGGGAUCCUGUCCUUGUCACUUUUGAACGACUUGGUAAGGUCAACACAGACUUGUUGAUACAGUAUUCGGCUGGCAAAUUGGCGCCGACAGCAAUCAAGACGCUAAACUCAGCACAGGAAGUCGAGGAGGAAGUGAAACGAGUCAGCGGGGUGCUGAACAUGGUCGUCUCGACAUCGCUUUCGAGAGGCUCCUUCUCCUUGAAAGCGAACAAGUUCUUCGUCACUGGCGGACACAACAAUCUCAGCCCAUCGUUCGCCUUCUACAAGCCCAUCUUGGUGAGCGACUUCCUCCAAGACACGACAACCUUCAAAUAUCAGAGUGAACGUCUGGCCAAGCUCCGCAACCUGCGUGUACAGUUGACGUACGAUCCCGUCCACAGUGGUACUAAGCCGAGAUCGGCGGCAGCGACGAUUGAAGCUCGAAUCAAGACUAUCGCAGGUACUGGUCUACCAGUGUCAGAACAAAAGUUCACACUGAAAGGCCGGGAUGGAAAGCCAGACACAAAAAUCACCGUGCAGUCGCAUUUUGAGCGAACUAUCAAGAUUGACUCAAGAAUGCUGCAAGUCCCAGCCACGACCUUGAAUCCCCCAAAGCCUUUGUACGGCAAGGGAUCUGCAAGCGUGUCGAAUGGAAGUUGGAAUUUGCGCGAUGUCAAAUUCUUGACGACGUUUCCGAAAAUCGCAUUCAAGGUCUUCAUGAUCGCCAUACCCGAUGGAUCUCAUAGCGCUAUAAAGGGCCCAGAAAUCUUGCACGAAACAUUCAAAGGGUUCCAGGAUGUGAUGCAAAGAUCAUACUCCACUGCUACAAUUCAAUGUGUGGGCAUGUGCCCUGACCCUCAGUUUGACCGGGGUGAGGCAGAAGCCCGCAUCUCCAUGGAAAAAGCGAAGGACAAGGGCGCCAACUUCGUCAUGCUCUUCCUGGAGAAAGAAAAUACGCCAGCGUAUUCAGUCUUCAAGUAUCUUGCUGAUUCUGGAACGCCAUCUAUCGCAGCCAUUGUCGGUUCUGUCGACGCGAAAGGCGGCAAGUUCCUUGGAUCUAUGCGCCUUCAGCCGCGUCUUAUCGCUUGCGAAGACAUCCAAGACGUGGAGAGCAUGGUCGUUGAACGACUCAUGGCCUGGUUCAUGGCCAACAAGCGCACUCUACCUAAGAACAUUCUCUAUUACAGAGAUGGUGUGAGCGACACUCAAUACUCUCAGGUCAAGGACAGGGAGCUCCCACAAAUCCGCAAAGCCUUUGCCGCUUUCGCGAAGAAGUUGGGUCUCAUGCAGGUCCCUAAGUUCAAAUUGACGGCCUACGUUGUGGCAAAGCGCCAUCAUGUCCGAAUGUUCCCGCUCGCUGCGGAUGCGGCGCCGAAGAACGGCAACUGCAGGCCGGGUACUGUCGUAGACAGCGGGAUCACAAGUCCCUACUUUGGAGACUUCUACAUGCAGUCGCACAAUGGGCUCAUCGGCACGGCUAGAUCGGCGCAUUACUUCCCGCUCGUCAAUGAGAUGGGUUUGACGGACGUGCAGAUACAACUAUUUAUCGCCUAUGCGAUAGAGGCCGGUGAGUCCAUCUACUCAUCACCCACAAAGACAGAAACUAAUAUGCCACACAGCUGCUAUCUCCGCAAAUUCUUCGCCCCUCCCCCAUCCUACAAUCCGCUCAGUCAAUUCGAGGCCAACCUCACCCGCGAAAAGAGAAUCGCGCGCGAAGCACAGUUCACGUCGAAGCGCGUCACCAAGAACGUGAACGGCAAGACUUGGACGCAGAAGUCGGAGCUGGAACACAUUCAGGAGGAGCUGGACAAGGAAGCUGUUGCGGAUACACUCAAGCAGAUGACUUUUGACAAGGCGAAGGAGAUGUUCUACAAGGGUGGUGACAGGAAGAAUCCUUGGCAUGAGAAUGUCGCGGGGACGAUGUUUUGGAUGUAG